AUGGCGGGAGAGAAAAACGAGACAGAACUCAAAACCACGAGUCGUUAUCCAGAAAAAGGCGAGUCGAGCACCGCUACCGGCACAGCACCGAAAAACCGUGCACAGAUGAGCAAGUACUGGGGAGAUGACGUGGACGAUAAAGUGGAGCGAACCGGUUGCAGCGAGCCUUACAGCCGGCUGGUAGAUUGCCUGGAUGUGUACGAUAAAGAUUGGCGCAAGUGCCGCGAGGAACUGCAAGAGUUUCGACGUUGUUGCCAUGAAAAGAAGGUCCCCGGUGCCUGA